AUGCAAUUACAAAAGUUAGAGUUUGAAAUUAAAUUGCAGAAAUUGACUAAUGAAUUACAGGAGCUAAAAAGGGUCUCUAAUACUAGAGAGAACAAUAACUCGGAGACCCGCCAGUCGCCAUUAGAAAGAGUUAUAAACCAGGCCCGCAGGGAGGGGCAGGAUACGUCAGAAAUCUUAGCUUUUCCAGUCCUUGAGAUAGAAGACCAGGACAAUGUGAUUAGACAAUAUCAGACCUUGGAAUUUAAGGUGAUAAAAGAAUUAAAGCUAGCCGUAGCCCAGUAUGGCCCAACAGCUCCCUUUAAACAGGCGUUAUUGGAUACUGUGAUAGAGUCGAAUCUAACUCCACAGGAUUGGAAAACGCUGUGUAAAACUACGUUGUCGGAGGGAGAUUUCUUGCUUUGGAGUUCUGAAUGGCGUGAGGCUAGCAAAAGAACCGCCACCACUAACACUCAAGCAGGCCAUCCAGAAUGGAGUGUGGAGAUGUUACUGGGGGAAGGCCUAUAUGAAGGAAAUAAUAACCAGAUUGGGUUUCCCAUCGCAGUGUAUGCGCAGAUUGCGGUGGCCGCCCGCCGUGCAUGGAAUCUGUUACCAUCUAAGGGAGAUCUUAGUGGAAAUCUAACAGCUGUGAAACAGGCUCCCGACGAACUCUUUCAGGAUUUCGUAGACAGAUUGCUAAAAACAGCUAAUAGAAUUUUUGGAAACUCUCAGGCAGGGAAUCCGCUGGUUACUCAACUAGCCUAUGAGAAUGCUAAUGCAGCCUGCCGGGAGGCCAUUAGACCCCAGAGGGGAAAGACGGACCUAGCUGGUUACAUCCGUCUUUGUUCUGAAAUCGGCCCUUCCUAUAAUCAGGGUUUAGCUAUGGCGGCAGCGCUGCAGGGAACUACAAUCCAGGGAAUUCUUUCGCAGAGACGAGGGAACAGAAGAUGUUUUAAAUGUGGUAGUCUGGGUCAUUUUAAAAGUGAUUGUCCUGAUAAUAAGCCCAGUAUAAACGGGCAAUCAGGUGGUCCAGCAGGAACAUGCCAUAAGUGUAGAAAAGGAAAUCAUUGGGUUAAGGGAUGCAAGUCAAAAAAUAACUUCCAAGGUAGACCCGUGUCGGGAAACGGGGGCAGGGGCCAGCCCCAGGCCCCGUUGCAUCUAAGACAGACUGUCUGUGGGGCACAGCUGCUGCCGAGCCAAGGAAAUCCAUCUUUGACCUCGCCAGAGCUACACCAGGAAAUGCAGGACUGGAACUCUGUUGCGUGUGCCAUGCCGUACUAG